AUGGCGCCCCAGCGGUACAUCCCGAGCAGCUCAGCCGCGAUUCACAGCGUGACAGCCGCGGGAGCCGCUCCGCCAGGUCCCUACUACGCCUGGUUACAUGGGGACCCCAAGAAGGUACUCCAUCCAACAGACAGCUAUGGGCAGUUCUGUGGUCAGCAGGGGACCUCCAAUGCGAAGAAACCCAUCUUAUUCUACUUCAACAUCAUGAAAUGUGCCAACCCAGCCAUACUCAUCAACCUGCAAUGCCCCACCACUCAGAUGUGUGUGUCAAAAUGCCCAGACAAGUUUUCCACCUACACUGAGAUGCAGCUGCAAAACAAAUUCAGCAGGACUUCCUGGGAAUAUUACAGACAGUUCUGUAGGCCGGGCUUUAAUAAUCCUGACAAGCCAGUGUCUCAGGUUCUACGAGACGAGGACUGUCCCUCCAUGAUUGUUCCCAGUAGACCAUUUCUCCAGAGAUGUCUACCAGACUUCAUCACUCUGAAUGGGACUGUGACUGUAGCGAACAAAACCAGCUUUAAAGACGCUCUGGAGAUGCCCCUCAGUGUUACAGAACUCCAACAUGCUGCCAGGGGUAUAACAGGACUAGUGGACACGAAGGAGCUGGGCAUGAAGAUAGUGGAGGAUUACGCCAAGUCAUGGUCAUGGAUCCUCAUAGGUCUGCUGAUAUCCCUGGCUGUCAGUCUGGUCUUCAUCCUGCUGCUGAGGUUCACAGCUGGGCUGCUGCUGUGGGCCACCGUCAUCACUGUCGUCCUGCUGCUGGCCUACGGUAUGUGGUAUUGCUCCAUGGAGUUGUCCCAGCUGAGACAGAGACCAGGCUCUGAUGUUGCCAUAAUAGAAGUGGGCCUGCACACAGACCUGCAGGUCUAUCUCCAGCUCACACAGACAUGGAUCAUAUUUUUGGUGUCUCUGGGAGUGACAGAAGUCUCCAUCUUAUUGAUGCUGAUCUUCUUAAGGAGAAGAGUGCAGGUGGCCAUCGCUCUGCUCAGAGAGGCCAGCAAAGCCAUAGGUCACAUCACAUCCACACUAUUCUUUCCAGUCGUCACCUUUGUCUUGUUGACUGUUUGCAUCUCCUACUGGGCGGUUACUGCUCUUUACCUAGCGUCUUCAGGUGAAGCCGUCUACAAAGUGAUGUCUCCUGACGGGACGUGUCCUUACACCAACAGAACCUGCAACCCAGAGGCCUUUAACAGAAGCAACAUCUCCACAUCAGCCUCAUGUCUGGGUUCUCACUGUCUGUUCGCCUUCUACGGUGGGGAGACGUCCUACCACCGAUACCUCUUCCUGCUGCAGCUGUCCAACCUGCUGCUAUUCCUCUGGCUAGUUAACUUCAGCUUGGCCCUGGAGCAGUGCACCCUAGCUGGGACGUUUGCUAGCUACUACUGGGCCAGAAGAAAACCUCAGGAUAUCCCACCAUGUCCACUCUUCUCAUCAUUCAGCAGGGCAAUAAGGUAUCACACAGGCUCUUUGGCAUUUGGAGCACUAAUUCUUUCAGUUUCCCAACUGGUCCGGAUCAUACUGGAAUACCUGGAGCACAAAUUGAAAGGUGUUGACAACAGCCUGUCCAGGUUCAUCAUGCUCUGUCUGAAGUGCUGUUUCUGGUGUUUGGAGAGAUUCAUACGCUACAUGAACCGUAAUGCUUAUAUCAUGGUGGCAAUCUAUGGAAAGAACUUUUGUACCUCAGCCAGAGAGGCCUUCUUCCUACUGAUGAGGAAUAUGGUCAGGGUGGCAGUUCUGGACAGAGUGACAGACUUUUUGUUGUUUCUGGGCAAAGUGGUGAUAGCAGGAGGAGUGGGUGUGAUUGCAUUCUGUUUCUUCACUCAGAAGAUCCCUGUAAUCCAGGAGGAGGUGCCCGAUCUCAACUACUACUGGGUCCCCCUGCUGACAGUCGUGAUAGGAGCCUACCUGAUUGCUAAUGGAUUCUUCAACGUCUAUGCCAUGUGUGUUGACACGCUCUUCCUCUGCUUCUGUGAUGACUUGGAGAGGCAUGAUGGGAGUUCAGAAAAACCUUUCCUCAUGUCCCCAGAGCUGCACAGAAUUCUGGGAAAAUCCAGUCAGUCGUGUUAAAACUCAUCCUCCCAUCCACUGCAUCAGGAGCCAAUAUGGUCAGUCUUUAUCAGUCCUACACCUACAAAGUCUAACUGCAGUAACUACGCAAAAGGUAAAACUGAGAAAAACUGCUUUAAAGUUUUUUUAACUGGCCAGCCAAAUGGGUUAUAGGUAGAUAAGUGAUAUGACACUUAUUUCUACAUGUAUUGAUGAUAUCAUUUUAUGCUCAAAAUCAUGUUAAUUUAUUUGACCUUUGACCCCAAAAACAUAGUUACUGCAU